UGCACUGCUUGUUGUUGCGCUUCGGAGGCGGCGACCCCCGAAGGCCGCGAUCCCCGAAGGCCGCGAUCCCGGAAGGCGAGCUGAAAUACGGCUGGAGCGUUCCCAGGCUACAAUUUGCAGCCGGACGAUUAUGGAAGACUACCAGCUGGAGAGGUGGCCCACCCUCAGGGAGCGCUUGUGCUUGGAUGGCUUCUCAUUUCCCCAAUACCACAUUAAAUCGUCUCAUCUGAGGAGGAUCCACAGAGCUGUCUUCUAUGGUAAUCUGGAGAAACUGGAGUACCUUCUGCUCAAGUAUCAUGACGCCAAUGAGAGAGACAAGGAGGAAAGGACUGCCCUACAUUUGGCCUGUGCCACUGGCCAACCGAAAAUGGUAUUUCUUCUGGUGUCCAGAAGAUGUGAGCUUAACAUCUACGACCGUGAAGGCAGGACACCUCUGAUCAAGGCUGUACAACUGAGGCAGGAGGCUUGUGCAACUAUUCUGCUGCAAAAUGGCGCCGAUCCAAAUAUUAUGGAUUUCUUUGGAAGGACUGCUCUACACUAUGCUGUGUAUAGUGAAGAUACAUCCAUGAUAGAAAAACUUCUUUUAUAUGGUACAAAUAUUGAAGAAUGCGGCAAGGUAUAG